AUGGUCCUACCUAUAUCGACUGAACCACGGUGCUUCCCUGAUGGAAUUGAAGACUGGAACUUGCGCCCGGACUGGGGAACGCUUAUGGUCUGCGGGUUCGCUCCAGCGCAUGCGUCCGUCAUGUGUUAUACCUCCCACCUUGGCCUGACAAACCCUCUUGCAAGGUGCCCAAGAAAUUUUCUGUAUGAAGUGUUGGCUGCGUUCGAAGCCCAGUACCAAUCGACACUGCUGAUGGGUUCCGAAAUUGAGUUCGUCCUUCUUGAUGAAUCCUCCAACCUCGCACAAUCCUUCGAUCGGCUGGUUGGCAGUUCCAUGACAGCUGGCCUCCGAACUGAAAAUUUGGUUAUUAUGGAGGACAUUGUUGCCUCAUUGGAACUGUCAGGGAUUGAAAUAUAUCACUUCCACACAGAAACUAUAAAUCAGUUCGAGGUUGCACUAUCGCCACUUGCACCGAUUCAAGCUAUUGAUGCUCUCAUGAUGACUCAGGAGACAAUUCGCACUAUAUGUAUCCGUCAUGGCCUACAGGCUAUGAUGACCCUAAGACCGGUUUUUAACGGCCCACGAAAUGGCUGCCACGUCCAUCUUUCUAUCAAUCCUGCGCCAAAUGCCCCCUGUUUCUUAGCCGGUGUACUGAAUAAAUUGAAAGCUCUUUGCGCAUUUGGUCUGGCAAACUAUGAUAGUUACCACCGAGUAGCUGGGGACUGUGCAGGAGAAUGGAUAGCUUGGGGGACACAUAACAAAGACUUUCCUAUCCGCCAAUUUGGUCCAAACCGUUGGGAACUUAGAUUCUUGGAUAUCACUGCCAACAUGUAUCUUUUCACGGCUGUUAUGCUCUCAGCUGGGAUGGAUGGUAUGAAGCAAAACAUCAUAUUGUCGGUGCGUGACUGCCAGGUUGUCCCGUCAGCACUCACUUUUGAAGAAGCUGAGCGGCAGCUCCGAGCCUUUGGAAUCACAGAACGUAUGCCGAAAGAAUUGGAGGUAUCCUUGGACUAUGCCAAGGAUGACAAAGAGAUACAAAAUUGGGUUGGAGCGGAGUUGUUCUCUCAAUACGUCAAGGUUAAGGAGAAGGAAGUGGAAUAUUUCUCGAAGAUGACCGAUGAGGAGCGCAGACAGAAGUUCUUGGGUUACUUUUAG